UCAAGAGCCUUACACGAGUGGAGACUGACAUUGUUGAGAAAAAAACCUUUUUCGAGAUCGAAAGCGAAAGCUCUUGUUUGAAAAUUCGGAGAAGCUAGAGAGGUUUCUAAGAUGGCUCGUACUAAGCAAACAGCUCGUAAGUCUACUGGAGGAAAGGCUCCUAGGAAGCAGCUUGCUACAAAGGCUGCACGUAAGUCUGCACCAACCACUGGAGGAGUCAAGAAGCCCCAUCGUUACCGUCCUGGAACUGUUGCUCUUCGUGAAAUCCGUAAGUACCAGAAGAGUACUGAGUUGCUGAUCAGGAAGCUCCCUUUCCAGAGGCUUGUUCGUGAGAUUGCCCAGGACUUCAAGACUGAUCUGCGUUUCCAGAGCCAUGCUGUGCUUGCACUCCAGGAGGCUGCAGAAGCAUACCUUGUUGGUCUCUUUGAGGAUACUAACCUCUGCGCCAUUCAUGCCAAGCGUGUCACCAUAAUGCCAAAAGACAUUCAACUUGCACGCAGGAUCAGAGGAGAGCGUGCUUAAGUGUGAUGGGGAAGGUUGUCGGAUUAUGUGAAUGUGGAGGGUUUUCUAAAUAGAUAGUUGGAAUUAGAUAAUGGCUUUAAAAGCUUUCGGUUGUAGGAGACCUGAAUACAAUGCUGGUUGGCUUUUUUUUUCUUUUCUUGUCUACUUGUUCUUAUGAUUUCCGUGUGUUCUUACUUUAGCCUACGUUUUGUGGUGUGUUUAUUGCUUUCUUCUUUGGCAAUAUCAAACGCCGAAAAGACAUAUUGAUAUGUUAAAGUUUCUGACUUUUGUUUCA